AGGAAGAGCUCUCGGAUGAGGCCGAGCUGGACCCUGUCGGCUGAGUUGAUCUGGCCCCCGUCGAUCGGUCGAUCCGGACCACAGCCGAAGCACGCUACCUGGCAGUACUAGUACCAGCUUGUGACCCCCCACAAGCUUAUAUCAGACGCGCCUCCAUUCCUUUUCAAACACCUGUCCUCUCCUUCCCAUCCCAGCAUGGCCAUCCACCCGGACUUUUUGGACCGCCCCGAAACCCGCAUCAUCCGGGAGCUGAUCGACAACCCCAAUGCCGUGCCAGCCGCGGUCGUACAGCAAAUCAUCCAGCUCAGCCAAAUCCAUGUGAAUGCCGGCGAUGAGGAAGAGAUUAGCAGUCAUGUCUACUACACUUCCACCGUGGUGGUAGAACUGACGGACCUGGUUCCUCCCUCCCAGCAAACCAAGCUCGUGGAGUUUCUCGUCCAGCUACAACGAAUUCCCAUCCUGGAUCCCAGGACUGGCGAAGAGGCCACGGUGAUCGAGGGUCUCAAACAAUGGAGUGAUCUCCCGUUAUUUGGCGUGCAUGUUUCCGAUGAAAUGAAUCUGGAUUACUGGGGGCCCCAGUCUCCUGCAAAGCUCUGAGAAUGGGAGAAUCGGGUGGGGUUUGUGGCCCAGGUCACGACGGCGUCCGAG